AUGUUUCGCAAUCAGUACGACACGGAUGUCACCACGUGGAGCCCCGUCGGCCGCCUGCACCAGGUGAUCCGUCCCUCUCUCCGCCUCUCGCCCCGCCGAUCCGCCUCUCUGCUGCUAUCACGUUUCACCGCUCUGCGAGACUGCCAGCCUGCUGCCCGUUCCCGUCCCGUCGAGCCCCCGCAGCGACCACCCCGCGUGCUGCCCUCCCGCUGUUGUUUCCCCACCGCGCGUGCUGCCCUCCCGCUGUUGUUUCCCCACUGCGCGUGCUGCCCUCCCGCUGUUGUUUCCCCACCGCGCGUGCUGCCCUCCCGCUGUUGUUUCCCCACUGCGCGUGCUGCCCUCCCGCUGUUGUUUCCCCACCGCGCGUGCUGCCCUCCCUCUGUUGUUUCCCCACCGCGCGUGCUGCCCUCCCGCUGUUGUUUCUCCACUGCGCGUGCUGCCCUCCCUCUGUUCUUUCCCCACCGCGCGUGCUGCCCUCCCGCUGUUGUUUCCCCACCACGCGUGCUGCCCUCCCGCUGUUGUUUCCCCACCAUGCGUGCUGCCCUCCCGCUGUUGUUUCCCUGCCGCACCUCGCCUACCCUACCCCAUCGCUUCCUCCCUUUUGCGUCCUUCGCGGUUACCCCCGCGCGCGCGAUUGUCUCCUCCUUUCCCCUUGUCAACCUUCUCGCUUCUUCCUCCCUCUUCCCUCGCCCAACCCCCACCUCAUCCCAUUCCAACCCGUCCCCUAGCGUCUCACCCCUUUCGCAAUCAGGCGGAUACGCCACAGAGGCCAUUCUCUCACUGCUCCCUCACACGCCCCUCUCCCCCCAACACCCUGCCCUCCCACCUGUCCCCCCCCACGGCCUCGCUCCUGCGCAUGUGAGAGGGGAUACGCCAUGCACGCCAUGCACUGGUCUCCAAGCCGCCCUUCCUCCCUCUGCCCCAAGCCAGGUCGUGUGCGCAGGGCAGUGUGCGCAGGGCAGUGUGCGCAGGGCAGUGUGCGCAGGGCAGUGUGCGCAGGGCAGAGUGCGCAGGGCCAACCACGCAGUGCUCGCCACUCUCUCCCACUCCACUCCUUCCCUUGCCGUGCCUCCCUGCUCGCUCCCGUGCCAUGCUCUUCUCUCCCCCACGCUCCCCGCACAUGGCACCAGAUGGAACAUGCGAUGGAGGCAGGGAAGCAGGGCAGUGGAGUAUGCAAUGGGGGCAGUGAAUCAGGGCAGUGGGGCAGUGGGCCUGCGCAGCGAUGCAUGCCAGCAUCACUCCCUAACCUCCCUUCUCCGUUCCUUGGCGCCCAACACUCCCCUGCCCUCUCCCUCAUCCCACCAGGUGGAGUAUGCAAUGGAGGCAGUGAAGCAGGGCAGUGCGGCGGUGGGUCUGCGCAGCACCACGCACGCGGUGCUGGCCACGCUCAAGAGAGCAGCGUCCCCCCUGGCGUCGUACCAGCGCAAGAUAUUCCGCGUGGACGACCACAUGGGCAUCGCCAUCGCGGGGCUCAAUGCUGAUGGGCGUGUCCUUUGCCGCUUCAUGCGCUCCGAGUGUCUGUCUCACAAGCCCUUCUACUGCCAGGCUUCAGUUCCAAUAUCAGUGGUAGAACCACUACUCUCUCCCCUGAAUUAUCUUUGCCCCCGUCUCCCACCACCCUUCUCUCCCUCCCACUUUCUUCCCCUUAACUGUCUAUCCCCAUGUCCACGUCUGCCCUGCCAUCCACUACCCUCCCCACAUCUCCCAUCCCCUCCCAGGUUUGUCUUCGAGUCGCCUCUCCCGGUGGGCCGCCUUGUCUCCAUGGUAGCAGACAAAUCUCAGGUGUGCACGCAGCGCUCGUGGCGCCGCCCGUACGGCGUGGGGCUGCUGGUGGCCGGCUUCGACCAGACCGGCCCGCACAUUUUUCAGACCUGCCCGUCGGGCAACUUCUGGGAAUUCCACGCCAUGGCAAUCGGGGCGCGUUCGCAGGCCGCCAAGACGUACCUUGAGCGCAAGUAUGAGUCGUUCGGGGCGUGUUCGCUGGACGAGCUGGUGCGACACGCGCUGCUUGCUGUGAAGGAGUCGCUGCAGGAGGGGGAGCUGAGUGGAGCCAACUGCAGUGUCUCUAUUGUGGGGGAGGGGCAAGCGUUUAGCAUUUUGACGGAUGCGCAGGUGCAGGAGCAUAUAGAUAGGAUGGAGAAUGAGGAGGGUGGGCAGGGAGGGGCGGCGAAGGAGGAAGUAGAGGUGGUGGAGGAGGUAGAGGUGGAGGAUGUGGAGGAGGAGAAGGCAGGGGAAGGAGAGGAGGGUGGUACCAGGGAGGGGUCUGAGGGUCCUGCUCCUAUGGAGGCUUGA